AUGUUAAUAUAUAUUUUAUUAUUGUGGUUAAUUAAUACUAAAAAUGGACCCGUUUUGAUUGAGAAAUUUGGAAGGAGCAAUAAAAAAUAGGUUGAAUCACCUCCACCAGAUUUUGAAUGCAUUGAUGAACUUGAUGAAGAUGAUACUACACCAAAAGAAUACCCAUUGAAAAUAGGAUCUCUGUAUCAUUUAUCUGAUGGAAAUUGGUAUUUGAGAUCAGAGGAUUCAACCAAUUAAUAAGUGACUCUAAUAAAUAUGAAUGAUAUAAGUAGAAUCAAAUUUACAGAGAAAGAAAUAGAAGCAACGUUACCUGAUAAAUAACCUGAAUAAAAAUUAAAGGAUAUGGAAUGGACACCUUUAUUAGCAUUUGAAAGAUUUCCUAGAUAAAGAGGAGGUCAUUCAAUGCAUUCAAUAGGAGAUUAUGUAGUAUUAUUUGGAGGAUGUUUGUUGAACAUUUAAUGCUUUAAUGAUUUAUUUUUAUUUAAUGCAAGAACACGUAUAUGGACAACACCAAAAGUAUUUGGAAUUCCUCCAGUAGGUAGAAGUGGUUUUGGAUCAUUAGUUAAUGGUGCAAGGUUAUAUAUAUUUGGAGGACAUACCUUAUAAGGAUUAGUGAAUGAUUUAUUUGUAUUUGAUUUAGAAAGUAGAAGUUGGAAUUAAUUAUCUUGGCCAGGCUAAGCACCAACACCAAGAGCAGGUCAUAAAAUGGUAUUGACUAAAUUAGGAGGAUUAAUAUUUGGAGGGUUUGUUGGUGAAGUAUAUUCAAAUGAUAUUUACAUUUUGGAUUUUGUAAAUGAGAGAUGGGGAAAACCAUCAGGUGGUGGAGAUGUUCCUUUAGGUAGAGAAAGUUUUUCAAUGACUUAUCAUCAUGGUUUGACUUAUGUAUUUGGUGGUUAUGCUAAAGGUAUGAUAAUGAAUGAUCUUUAUACAAUUAAUGAAGAUUUAAUUUGGUAGAAGAGAGAAGUUGAAGGUGAUAUUCCUAGUCCUAGAUAAGGUGCAGCUAUGGCUGAAUAUGAUAAUAGAAUUUUUAUAGUUGGAGGAUGUAAUCCAAUUUUAUUUGAAUGCUACAAUGAUGUUUAUACUUUAGAUACUGAAUCAAUGAGUUUUACUAAUGUGACAGUAGAAAAGAAAAGAAAUUUAAGAUAAGUAGCUUAUAGUAGUAUGGUAUUUGCAGGAUCUUUAUUGAUUCAUUUUGGUGGAUGCAAAUUGUUAUAAUAUUGUAGUGAUUCAUUAAUUGGAUUAGCUGUUGCUUCAUCUGAAACAUGUCCUCCAUGUAAAAAUGAUGGAGAGUGUAGAGCUGGUCAUUGCAGUUGCAAAUAAGGUUGGCAAGGAAUAGAUUGUACUUAAUAGGUUCUUUGUAAAUAAAAUUGUUUAGAACAAGGAAUUUGUUUAAGUAAUGGAUAUUGUAAAUGUUAUCCUGGAUAUACAGGAUCUAUUUGUUAAUUGAAUGUACCAUGUCCAGGUAAUUGUACAGAUGAAGAACAUGGAAUAUGUGAAUUGGAUGGAAAAUGUAAGUGUUUUGAAGGUUUCUCAGGUACUACUUGCAGUGGUAAUCCUGAAGUUGAUAGUAAAUUACCAUAAUCAACUGGAUGUUUGGAUGAAUGUAAUCAUAGAGGUUAAUGUAAUUAUGAAACUGGAUUAUGUGCAUGUGAAGAUGGAUUUAGUGGUCCUGAUUGUUCACUUGUCUAAGGAACAGAAUCUGGAUAUACAUCUAUUUGGGAUUUAUUGAAAGAUUAUGAUGGUGAACAUGAGAAUGAUUUAGAUACAGUUGCAGAUGCAGGAGAAGAAGAUUUAAAAUAAUUUAUUGCUACUGGAUAUAAAUUUAAUUAAAGAUAAGAAGGACCAAUGCCAAUCUUUGAUGAUGAUAUUGACAGAGUAUAUUAUGUAGAUGUAGAUGAUAACGGAAAUAUAAU